UCGAUCGAGAGGGAGCCGACUGGAGCAAGAGAUACAUUCCUAAAUCAUGGAUACCUUACCGAAUGGGGCAAGGUACCUUGAGGAUGUCACAGAGACGGCACAUGCAACCAAGGCUCCGUUGCCAGCAAACAACCGGGUUACCAUAAACAUAUCUGGCACAAAAUUCGUAUCAAAGUGGGGCACAUUAGCUAGCAUACCAAAUUCCAGGCUGAGCAAGCUGACGGAAGAUGACGUCGAUCCGGUUGAGCAUGACAUAUUUUUUGAACGAGACGCCACGUAUUUUCCUGCCAUUCUGGGGCUCUAUUCCACGGGGACUUUGCACUUCCCACAUAACCUCUGUGGACCCGCCAUCUUGGCGGAGCUGGACUUUUGGAAGGUCGACAUCACAUUCCUAGCACCUUGUUGCAGAGCGUCCUGCUUUGCGUUUGAGAUGAAGCAGAAUGAGAACGAAGCACUCCUCGCUGAGUUUGGCGAACUUGUGACGCCAUCGGAUGUUGCUGAGCGCGCCCGUGACUGUGACUCGUGUCGGCAAAGAAUAUGGCGGUUCCUAGAGUACCCUUUGGCGAGCCGAGGUUCAAAGUUCUACAUGUUUGUCUAUGCGGUAUUCGCUGCUCUCUGCUUCGGAACAGAGGCCAUAAACAGCGUGAAAACAAUGCGACAGAAAUCCCCGCUUGAGGUACCGAAUUCUUCUUUUCCCAACAACUUUAGCAAGAAGGAAAUGAUGUUCAUGUUAACAGAACCCACGGGCGAAGCAGCGUACGCAGACUUGGUUGCGACUAUUUUCUUCACCUUGGAUAUUCUUGCAAGGAUGGUUUCAGCUCCAAACAAGAGAGAGUACCUUAAGAGCCCCCAGGCUAUCGUGGACCUCGCUUGGAUGGUGUGCAGGUGGUGCACGUACAUUUUCUUUAGGAAUUUCAUGGCCAUGUGGUCACUGUCGUCUGCGGAACUUCAAGCCAUAGCGAUUUUCGUCGGGCUGACCAAUACCUUGCGCAUGUUUCGGAUGUGCCGGCUGGUUUCAUGCUCAGUGUCUCUGAAAGUUCUAUAUUUGACACUGAAGGCAAGUUUCAGAGAAAUUCGACUUCUCCUGGUAAUUUUGGGCCUCGGAGCCAUGCUGUUCGGGCCCGUAUUGUACUACGCGGAAAUAACCAGUGAUGAAUCAACGAUCCAGAAUAUACCCAUCGGAUACUGGUGGGCCAUUGUUACCAUGUCAACGGUCGGAUACGGGGACUGCUACCCAUCCCAGCUAUUAGGAUAUCUUGUUGGAAUUAUUUGCGUCACGCUUGGCCUCGUCUUCACUGGGCUUCCGAUCUCCGUAAUGAGCAUGCAUUUUAAUAAAUAUUACUCCUUCGCAAACACGCUGCACACGAAGUGUGAUCCACGAAUCGACCACGCUGCCUGGGCGUUGAAACGUGACGAUGGCGGGUACUCGCCUCGUGCUCGUGAAAAGCACGGGUUGAAAUUAGUAAAGGGUGUUGUUCACUCACAUACAAAGGAUUCGGAGGAUCGAAGUGUAAUGCUUUAA